AUGGCUUUCAGCGUGGUCUUCCAUCACGAUGCUGCAGAUCCGUUAGCGGUUAUCAGCGCUCCACCCCCGAACGAAUCUUCACACGAACGAGCCGCAAGGGAAGAACGGGAGCUUGAGGCUCAAAGAAUAAGUGAUCUCAUUGACGACGAAAUUCGCGCUGAACGAGCGGUAAGAAAGAAGGAAGAGGGUUUAGUCAAGAUCCUAUUAUUGGGUCAGAGCGAAAGUGAUUUCCGUAUGCGGUUUGCCCGAGAUAAAUGGAUAGAGGAACGAGCAUCAUGGCGAGCCGUCAUACUCUUAAAUCUCGUUCGGUCUGCAAACACCAUCCUUGAUGCCCUAUCACAGGAGAUGGAUGAUCUAGAACCAGACCGCCCCGACGACGGUGAUGCAUUCAAGUUCGACGAUUACUAUCGUCAAUAUAAAGUUCGCCUCAGUCCACUGCAGGCGGUGGAGAGUAAUUUAAAACACUUACUCGGCGCCACCGAAGAUCUCCAACCACGACAACAAAUCUCUCCAACAACACUAUCCCCCUGCGGAUCACCCGAAUUCUUCGUUCGUUCUCGGACUUGGCGUAACUUUCUUCAAACAACCCAAGGUCCCGAGUUCCCGAGACGUUCAUUCCAGCAGGAUCUUCCCACUUUACUUGACAGCACAGAUGUGAUCGCGAAUGGCAAAGAUGACAUCAAGGCCCUAUGGAGGGAUAGCCACAUACAAGAUAUGCUAUGGAGACGGAAAACCCGGCUCGAGGAUUCUGCCAGCUUCUUUUUGGACGCAAUCGACCGAUUAUCGGUACGAGAUUACGAGCCAACAGAUGAAGAUGUCCUCCGCGCUCGAUUACGAACGCUUGACAUCCAGGAACACGAACUCAUAAUUGAUGAUGAGACCGAUGCUCCGAAAUGGAAGAUUUUUGACGUUGGCGGUUCACGCACACAACGUCAUGCGUGGCUACCGUAUUUCGAUCAAGUCAAUGCGGUCAUAUUUCUCGCACCGAUAUCUUGUUUCGACGAGCGACUUCUGGAAGACCCCCGUGUCAACCGUCUAGAGGAUUCCUUCAUACUCUGGAAGGCGAUAUGCUCCUCCAAGCUUCUCUCGCGGACAGUUCUUAUCCUUUUUCUAAACAAGAUGGACAUUCUCGAGCAGAAAAUCAGACACGGCAUAAUGGUGAAGCGCUUUCUCCCCAGCUAUGGCGACCGGCCGAAUGAGCCGAAUGAUGUUGUCAAAUACCUACGACAAAAGUUCAAAGACACGGUGAGGUACUGUUCUCCGGAGCCACGGGUUUGUCAUAUAUACCCGACGUCCGUCACUGACACGAAGGCGAUGUCUGUGACGCUAAUAUCUGUGCGCGACGGGAUCUUGCGCAGACACCUGAAGCAUGCGGAUUUGUUCUGAAGAACACGGAGUGACAGUAACAUUUGUAAUAACAGAUCACAUGCGAAACCCGAUGAAGAUAUGAAGAUAUGACAAGUUGACGAUAUAGAUACGACAAGUGUAAUGAGUGCACGAUUACC